AUGCGUCCAACAUCAAUUAGCCUGAGACAUGUUCCAUUAAUUAAAUUUAUUGGUGAUAGAUCAGUUAAACCACAUCCAGAAUCUCAAGGUAUAAUACCAAAUGGUCAAGGUACUGUUAAGAUUUCAACAUUUGCAGCAAGUCAACCAAAACAUUCAAAACCACCUUCAAAAUCACAACAAUCUACAUCAUCAUUAAAUUCUAAACCAUUUGAUUUUGUUUCAGUUAAUGAAUUACCAAAAAGAUUCCAAAAUACUCCUUUUGAAGAAUCAGAAAUUGAAAGUAUUAAUAGUGGUGUUGGUUAUCUUUAA